AUGAACCACACAGAAGGACAUGAUGUUUCUCAAAAGAUAGACACCCUUUCAGAUUCCCAAUACUCUCGUGUUGCAGAUGAGUAUCUUGAAUCAAUAAGCGAUGAAUUGGACUUGCUAGCUGAGGACCAUGAUCAACUUGAUUUUGAGUUGAGUCACGGGGUAUUGAACAUCACCAUUCCUCCCAAUGGAUCCUAUGUCAUCAACAAACAACCUCCCAACAAACAGAUCUGGUUGAGUAGUCCUCUUAGUGGGCCCAAGAGAUUUGAUUUGGUCGGGGGAAAAUGGACCUAUUUGAGAGAUGGCACUCAAUUAAGUAAUCUAUUGGCAGGUGAGCUUGGUGAAGCAGUGGGGAUAGACUUACAAUUUGAAUCUGUAGACCAAUAA